AUGGCAUCGUCGUCGUUCUCGAGCAACAUGAGACGCGGGACGACGCCCGCGUCGCUUGCGCUCUCCACAUCGAAUCUCAGCGACAACAACAACACCAGUGGAAUUAGCAUCAACAUUUCCAACUCAGGUGCAGCAUCUACAUCAACCUCCACAGCUAACCAGGGGCAGAGGGCCAAUGUCAGCUUGGAAGAAUGGGAACGCAACACACCACUGACGGAGCUGCAGCUGCGUAGUGUGAACCGGCUGAUGAAGUGGAAUGAGGAGCGGCGGGAGAGAGACGUUCCGCUGAAGUUUGCCAGUGAACCUGAACCCGGGACACCCACUCACAUUGCGCAUAGACUCCUACAAAAAGAUGGUUCAACAGGGAGCCCUAUUUCUCGUUCAUCUACCCCCAACGCCACAUUAUACCGCCCAGAACAUGCGCUACUACACCCAUCACAGCCGGUGCAGACCGCACAACAGUUCUAUGACUGGUAUGCGUUGAUUGACCGGAGCGUCGCACACAGCCAAGAAGCGCACUACCGCGCGCAUGUUGCCACCCUGAGCUCGCACUUGGAGGUGUGCGACCUUCUCCUCGAUCGCAUCAGUGAAGUAGACACGGAGGUGGACCGAAUGAUGGAGGGAUGGCGCGGUGUCGAGGACGGUGGAAGGAGUUUGAAGGACGCAUGUGAGCGGCUAUUGGAGGAAAGGGAUCGGUUGGUAGAGAUUGUGGAAGAUAUUCAGGGGCAUUUGGAGUAUUUCCAGGAGCUAGAACACGCGACAAGGAUGUUGAACCAUCCGGGCGAGUCGCUUAUCUUCCAGACUGACUUUUUGUAUAUGGUUGAGCGCGUCGACAUAUGCAUCGAUUUCCUCAAAUCGCAUAGACAUUAUAGGGAGGCGGAGGUGUAUCUACUACGCUUCCAACAAUGCAUGACGCGCGCAAUGACGCUUAUCAAAAUGAACUUCGUGGGUUCAUUGCGCGCGCUCUCCUCUGAGAUAUCAAAACGCCUAUCUGAGGAUCCGUCGCCGACUGCCCAGCACCACCUACUCUACACGCGCUUCCGGUCCAUAUCUACGCGUGUCGCACCAUUGCUUGGUGAGCUUGAGCGCCGUGCUCAGGCGUACCCCGACGAGCUCUCCGCUUUGCUUGCGGAGUGCCACACUGCGUAUCUGGCGACUCGCAAAGCGUUACUUGUGCCACGGGUGAUGGAGGAAAUUCGGGGCUUGGAUCCGGGCAGGAGCGAGCUGGUGGAGCUGACGCGGGAGGGAUGUGGAUAUUUGAAAGCCUUAUGUGGGGAUGAGUGGGUACUGUAUCGGGAAUUUUUCUCUACCGGAGAAACCGCGCUUUACCAGUAUCUGGAAACUCUGUGCGAUCUAUUGUACGACGACCUACGUCCUCGAAUUCUGCACGAGCCGCGUUUGACAGUGUUGUGUGAAGUCUGCACGGUGUUGCAGGCGUUGAUGGUGCUCGACACCACAAGCGUGCCAGCCUCUGCGUCAAGCGCGACUUCCACUACCAGAGAUUCAUCCUCCUCUGGCGAUUCCUCAGAUAGCGAAGACGAAAGUAGUUCCCAAUCAACACAACGGCGGCGCCGUCGACGGUCCGACGAACUCACACUUCCCCCCUCCCCUACUCCCUCUCACCUUUCGCACACGCACGCCUCCAAGCCUAACACCGCACGCAUAUCCAAGCGAUUGCACAUCGCUACUUUGCUCAGGAUGGUUCUGCAGGAUGCGCAGACGCGGUUGUUCUUCAAGGCUCAGGCGGUGAUUCAGAGCGAGAUACGGUAUUUUGUACCUGGGAAGGAGGAUGUGGAUGGGUGGCCUGGGAUUUUGGUUUCCACAGCCAACCGCCAACAAAACCCUGCCGAGCUCAGCGAAAAGCAAAGUACGAACCAGAUAUUCAAGUACAAAGAUGGCAGAAAUAAUGAGGAGACGUGGUACCCGACGCUAAGGAAGACAGUUUGGGUGUUAGGACAGUUGAGGGAUUUCGUGAAGCCGGCGAUAUUUGAUGAUAUCGCACAAGAAGCUCUGACGUUCUGCCGUCUCUCCCUCAUCCAUGCGUCGGAGCUCAUCGCUGCCUCCACUACUGCCACAACACCCUCUCCCUCCUCACCAGGGGCAUCUAAUAGCAAUAGAAAGUUGGAUGGGGCGUUGUUCCUUGUCAGACAUAUCCUCAUUUUAAAGGAAGUGUAUAUGAGUUUGGAGGAAGUGCGGAUGAGGGAGGAGGGUAGUCACAGUAGUGCGGUGCGAACACCAGCCACUGGGAUGGGGAUGGGCUCAGGUAUGGCCAGCUUGGGCAGUGCGAGAGCUUUGGAUUUCGGAGUCACUGAAACCUUGACCAACAUGCUUAGCAAGACAACGUCGCUGCUCCCUGAAGGGUUGUUCGCCUCCUUGGGGGUGAGCAGGGGUGGCGGUGCGGAUGGCGAGGGAGGGAUGCGAGGUGUUAAGUUGGACAUCGAUCAUGCACUCCGCAAAGCAUGCGAAGACACGAUUGAGGCCUGUGCAGGUCCCGUGUGUGCGAUCCUGGAUACAUGGACUGAUAAACAAAAUGUCACUGUGGCUUCGAGUGCGAGGCCACUGCCGACGUCGAUUGCUACUUCCUCCUCGGGUUCAUCCUCGAGCACCUCUGGGGCGGGUAAUGCAUCGACAGGAACCGCGGCGGCGGGCACAGUUACACCAGAUGAAGACCUAGGAGGGAUGCAUACCCGCUUUGCGGAGUCUGUGCAGCGAGAUUUACGCGGUAAUGUUGCGCGGAUUCGGCUCUACCUUUCAGAUGUCGACGUUGACCCCAACGCUGAUGGAAGAGACCAAGAUAGAGGUGAAGGUGUGCAUAGAGAUGGGAGGACGGCAAGGAUUUUGAUCGACCAUGUGCUUGAGCGCGUUGGGGAGUGCUAUGAGCGUUGGGGGGAAGCUGUUCUGGCUUUUGCGGGUGAGAAUCGGACUCAGAAGAAGGUAGAGGUGAUGAGUCGCCCGAGGGUGAGGGAGAUGUUGAGGGAUGUUGCUAGUAUGAAGUACGUGGUUCUUUUCUUUUUCUUGAGCAGCGACGUCAAGCGAACGUCUCAAAUCGAUCUUUAA